AACUCGCUCUUCCAGUUGGACAAUGGACCUCAGGGACUCCAGCUUCCUACAGUGUCACGUUCAGCUGGGCGGCAGCAGCAACCAGUCUGGGUGCAGCACACCAACAUCUAGGGACCAAUCUGUCUUCAUCCACUACUCCACCGAUAAAGGCACGUCGUGGAUGCAGUUACGCGAGCUGGGAUACGACUCGUAUACGCGGCCGCGGCUGCUGCACGUUGCCCUGCCGCCAUCGGCUAAGACCAAGACAACGCGCGUCAAGUUCUGGCAGCCGACAAGCGACGACAGACCGGCGUGGGCUCUCGACAACUGCUUCAUAGGUGGCUCUGAGAUCAGCCCGGCAAGCUUGGAGUGGAUGCCGGACCGUGAGGGUGAUGACGAGGUGACGGUGCCGUGGAUCUUUCACCCUGGUGGGCGGCGGCUGGGCGGCUACUGCAGCGAGCGCGGUGACGCCAUCGUGUGGGGCAACGACAGCCCGAGCAAGAGCAUCACUCUAAAGCCUGUCAUCGUCGAUGAGAACUACAUGAUGCAGUUUAAGAUUGCUGUCGGCUGCGCCGAGCGCUUCCUCUGCUGCGGUGCCAACAACUCGGUCGCGCUCGAAUACAACGUCGACCCCGGCACCGACAACUGGCAUCUGCUCACGCCGGCGUGCCAUCCCGGCAACAGCGGGAACAGCGGCGGCGGCGGCAGCGACCGCUGCACGCCGGGCGAGUUCGCGACGGCGUCCGUGUAUGGCACUGACGUGUACACGCGCUGGACACGCGUCACCCUGCCGCUGCCCGAACACGCAUUCUCCGGGUCAACGCAGUUCCGCUUCAUCCAGCCUCCGGCGGGCAACGAAGACACGCCAUCGUGGGCCAUCAGAGACAUCUACGUCGGCGAGGCAUGUCCAGACAUGUGCAGCGGCCACGGCGUCUGCUCGGCUGGACGCUGCAUCUGUGAGGAUGGCUUUGAAGGUGAGACAUGGAAGGUGGCAGAGGUCACAGCUGAGGUGUCGUUUGCACUUCGCCUGGGAUCGAGGUUCAAUGACAGCACGUGCAACGUCGAGCAGACGCCUGACCGCGCCGUGGUAGUGCGCUACAGCACCGACGGUGGCACCACCUGGCGGACGAUCUCCGUGCACGACCCGGCGGAGUACUUGACGCCACGCAGAGUUGAGCUGAAUCUUCCGGAAGGCGCCAAGAAGUACCAUUCCCAGCUGUCCUGGUGGCAACCAAACCACAGUGGCCGUCAUCGUGACCAGUGGGCAUUGGAUAACGUAGAAAUCAGACCUUCGAGGCGGACGGACGACCAGCGGAGACAGCAGCAGAUGACGGCCGUCUCUCAGCCUCCCUACACCGACAACUGCCCGCCGCCAGGAUGCAAGGGUCGCCGUGGCAACGCCAGGAGACGCCACAAGCGAGAAGUGAUGAGGCGGCGAGGAGGGGGAUAGAUCGCAGGGCGGCGACACGUCGAGACAACAUUAUUCAGGUUGCGGGGCACCACAUGCAUGUUCCAACAUACCUAGAGUAGCAUGGGCGCAAUAAAAUAAGGAAUACGUGUCAUGACAGUGACGGCUGAGUCAGGCGGUCGUCUGCUGCGGCCCUGAGGUUGCCGCGAACAUUUGCGUGUGUUGGUUACGCGAUAGGAAGAUGUCGUGAGAGUCGCACCUGUGCCAUCGUAUUCACACCCAUGUCAUCGUUGUCACAAGGGUCACUGCGGUCCCACCCGUGUCACUGCUGUCACACCCGUGUCACCGAUGUCACACCUGUGUCACCGCUGUCACACCCGUGUCACCGCUGUCACACCCGUGUCACAACUGUCAUGCUUGUGUAACCACUGUCACACCCGUGUCAUCGUUGUCACGCCAAUAUCAUCGUCGUUACACCACAACGUACCGUGCCCCAAUUGACCAGUCCCAUGUAUAUGGACACGUGAUAGCCAUCAUGAUAGCUAGUACUUUUCAUGGUUAGAUGGAGUUAUCCAUUCUUUCAUGCUUCCUCCAUAACUUAGUUAGCAUGCAUGAUCACCAGAGCAAUCUGUCUUCUGAUUUCCUAUGUUUCCAAAGCAAGCAGUUUCACGUUUACCCGAAAGUUCGAAAUGUUGCGCCUGCAUGUGGGCGUCGUCAUACGAAAUAUGUAAAUAUUUUGUCUGUUCAGUUAGUUUCUAUUCAACGUAAUUGAUCAAACGGUCAGGAUAUAUUAGUAGUACCGCCUGAUCGCUUAUAUGACGUUACGUUUUAGAUGUUAUUGAACGUUUGUGUGAUGAUAUCCGAUGGACGAAAUAAUUAAUAACAGUUGUGUAGCAACGAAGACUACUAUGUGUGUUUCUUACAAUAUGUUGUAAUCACACGGUUUAUGUUAUACGCCAUUUGAUGAAUACGUAAUCAAGCACAUAAAUGCGUUUAGUAAACAAAACUGUAGAGUAGAGCAUUAUUGUCCUUUUUUUAUGAUUAAAGCUGUUGUGAAACGUAUUUUGGUGAGGAAAAAAUAAAUAAUCCGUAUUAUAACGAAAUAAUGAAA